AAUUAAUUUCCCGACUGAGCUAUAACAGCCGGCUGAAAUACAAAUAAAUAAAAGCAUCUCUUUCAUAACAAAAAAAUUGUUCUGCUUUUUUGCCUUUUUUUUCCUCUCAACCCUCAUCAAAAGCAUCAUCUCUUUGUUAUUUGUCAACAUGAACGACUUGCUUACGGAUUCAUUUGUGGGCGAUGCCAAAGGCCACCGCGAUAUCGAAAUGGGAAGACAGGUUCCCGGACCUGGAAGCAACUCCGACAUGGGAAUGGAAGCUUUCAAUAAGCAGAUACAAGAGGUUGAGAAACAGGUGGAAAAGCUCUCUGGGUUACUCAGGAAACUCAAGGAUGCUAAUGAGGAGUCAAAGUCGGUAACAAAGGCAUCAGCUAUGAAAGCUAUCAAGAAGCGAAUGGAGAAAGAUAUUGACGAGGUUGGAAAAAUAGCACGUAAUGUGAAAGCAAGAUUACAAGCGAUCAACAAAGAUAACUUGGCCAAUCGGCAGAAACCAGGAUGCGAGAAGGGAACAAGCGUUGACAGAUCCAGGACCAAUGUUACAAAUGCCAUGGCAACAAAUUUCAAGGAUUUGAUGAUAGAGUUCCAGACACUCAGGCAAAAAAUCCAGGACGAGUAUCGAGAGGUUGUGGAAAGAAGGGUCACUACAGUUACCGGAACCAGACCGGACGAGAAGACAAUUGACCGCCUCAUUGAAACCGGAAACAGUGAGCAAAUUUUCCAGAAGGCAAUUCAAGAACAGGGACGAGGACAGAUACUAAAUACGGUGGAGGAAAUCCAAGAACGGCAUGAUGCGGUGACUGAGAUUGAGAAAAAGCUUCUCGAUUUACAGCAGAUUUACCUCGAUAUGGCAGUUGUUGUUGGAGCUCAAGGAGAAAUUUUAGACAACAUUGAAAGUCAGGUUAAUAAUGCAGUAGACCAUUUACAAUCAGGAACAGAAGCUCUUCAAACUGCAAAGCGCUUGCAGAAAAAGUCAAGAAAAUGCAUGAUGAUCUCCAUUAUCUUACUCCUCAUUAUUGCACUCAUCAUUGUGCUUUCUAUUUUGAAGCCAUGGAAGAAAUGAACAGGGGAAACUAGACUCCUAUAACUCCAUCCGUUUCCUUCCUUUUUAUUUAUUUUGGCGCACGUGAUGAAUUUCAAAAACCACUUAGAAAUACUAUAAUGUUAUGAGAAAUGAUUUACCUCCACUUUUGACAUUACUGUUAAAACUACCCGCGUAGCUAUAUUAGUUAAAGCAGAUGUACUAGAGGUCUUUUUUU